AUGCCGCCCCAGAUCAAGCAAGACCUCAACCGCUCGGGAUGGGAGUCUACUGAUUUCCCUUCUGUCUGCGAGACAUGCUUGCCUGACAAUCCCUAUGUGAAGAUGCUCAAGGAGGACUAUGGUGCUGAGUGUAAACUGUGCACCAGACCCUUCACCGUUUUCAGCUGGAGCGCCGACCGCGCCCACGGCCGCAAGAAGCGAACCAACGUCUGCCUGACUUGCGCGCGACUCAAGAACUGCUGCCAAUGUUGCAUGCUCGAUCUUUCGUUCGGCCUCCCAAUUGUCGUGCGCGAUGCCGCGCUCAAGAUGGUCGCCCCGGGGCCACAAUCAGACAUCAACCGAGAGUACUUUGCUCAAAACAACGAAAAGCUCAUCGAGGAAGGAAAGGUGGGGACAGAGGAGUACGGCAAAACGGACGAGAAGGCGCGCGAGCUGCUGCGGCGCCUAGCCAACAGCAAGCCCUACUUCCGCAAGGGCAAGACCGUCGAUGCGGACGGUGCUGAGAGUGCGACCGGCGGGAAGGCUGUCGUGGGAGCGGGAGUGGGGGGACCGGGCCCGAUCCGGACGCGUGAUACGAAGGCGGCGCUCGCCGCUGGAGCUAGGGCCGGUGGUAAAUCGCGACAGGCCUUCCCAAGUGCCGCUCAACUGCCCCCUAGCCCACGCGACUGGCUGCCGCCGCAAGACAAGAAUAUCAUGUCUCUCUUUGUGACAGGUGUUGAAGAUGAUCUGCCCGAGUUCAAGCUCCGCGAAUUCUUCAAGGCGCAUGGCAAGAUCAAGAGCUUGGUUUGCUCCCACAUGUCGCAUUGCGCGUUUGUCAACUACGAAACUAGGGAGGCGGCUGAGAAGGCGGCUGCGGCGUGUCAAGGCCGCGCCGUUAUCGCCGGAUGUCCGUUGCGGAUACGGUGGGGAGUGCCCAAGGCGAUCGGCACCAUGGACAAGGAGCAACGAGCCCAAAUGCUCCACGAUGCUAGACAGCGCCAAGCGGCAUCCAAGGGCCAGGGCUCACGGGCGAUCGAGGGGGGCGCCGGAGGCCUUGGUGGUCGACAGGAGAGCCAGCCAGCGGUCAUUGCAGCACCCCCGGGAGCGGGUGACGAACCCAACUAUGCCAGUCUUUCUGGGAAUUAA